AGAAAGUGAGUCACGCAGAGCUGGAGAAGCGGAGGAAGAGGGAGCAGUAUGUCUGCAGAAGUCCCCGAGGCAGCCUCCGCGGAGGAGCAGAAGGAAAUGGAAGAUAAAGUGACUAGCCCAGAGAAAGCUGAAGAAGCAAAAUUAAAAGCAAGGUAUCCUCAUCUGGGACAAAAGCCUGAAGGUUCCGAUUUUUUAAGGAAACGAUUGCAGAAAGGGCAAAAAUAUUUUGAUUCUGGGGAUUACAACAUGGCUAAAGCAAAGAUGAAGAACAAGCAACUUCCUACUGCAACCCCGGAUAAGACAGAGGUCACUGGUGACCACAUUCCCACUCCACAGGACCUUCCUCAACGGAAACCAUCUCUUGUUGCUAGCAAACUGGCUGGCUGAUUAAAAA